UGGGGUUUGGACAAGUAUCCAUAGUUGAGUCUACACCCACUUAAACCUUCCAAACACAGCAGUUCAAGGCAUACAAGCUCUCCAUUAUGGACAAUAUUCUAUCGCCUAUCCAAGAUGCCCUUGAGGGUCAAAUCGAUUUCCACGGACAACAAAUCACGGAGAUCCUUUCUACAGCGCUCUUGAUAUUAUCAGGAGUGGUCGCUUCCUUAGUCGGAUACAUCUUCCAAGACAUUCACCUGUCACUCUGGGCCGGGUUGGCUGGUACACUCCUAACUGCGCUCAUUGUUAUUCCUCCAUGGCCCAUUUACAACAAACACCCUGAAAAGUGGCUUAUUCCAUUUGCUGGCAGAGCAGGCGUUACGGUAGAUGGGGUCAAAGUGGCGUGACAUGUGUCGUGGUCUUCAUUUUAGAUAUGGAAUGGAACGGCAUCGCAUUUUUUGACGUCUACGUGUUUAAUGCAUUGUGGGCCGAAAAAGUAAAGGUGAUUGAAACGAAGCUAAAAAAGCGAUGACCGUAAACGCCCACCAAAACGCAUUAGCUGCACAGCAGCUUGCCUCAUCUCCCGUUAACAAAAAUAUGCAUUUACCGGCCAUAUUUUUGAAAUUCCCAAUCUUUGUUGUCAAGAGGACACACUUGACGAGUCUUUAGCCAGCGAGAGAUGCAGUGGAAGUGGAAUGCAUG